GCGCUACAAAUAUGCCUCGUUAAGACGGGUUUUGCUUCUUUUUCAGACUCCAACCGCUUCGAUAUUUUUGAAUGUUGUCUCGGUUACAGGUCGAUCAGAUCGUGGUUCAUCUUCAAUCUGUUCUCCACCUUCACGAAACCAUUUUGACCACCUUACAACUGUACUGUGAGAUGGAGCUUUGUCGCCGAAAACAGAAUAUAAUUCGUCGUGAAUAACUUUUGGUUCAAUAUGAAGUGCAGUACGCACUUUAAUGUAGAAACAAAAGUUUUCUUUAUUCAUCUAAAACUUGGGUGCAUAGCUUCCGUCGAACUUUUCUUAUAUAACAAUAGCAAAUGGUGAAGGAUGAUAUACUGAAGAAAUAUAGAGCAUUGUUGACACUACAAGUACAGAUGGGAAGAAAUAUUCAAGCUUUCCGUGGAGUAAUAUAAUACUGAAACCACUACUUUUGGACUACCCUAAGUAAUAGACAGAUCAUCAUAUCUUAAACUACCAAAGGCGAAAGAAAGCGCAAAUUUGUAAUAGAAGGAGGAAAGAAUUGUGUGUACUUGUAUAAGAUUCUUAGUUUUCAUAUGGACAUUUUUCAGCACUUAAUUGAACGAAGUUUGCUAGAUAACAGAUGGAUUUAGUACUUUUAAAGAUAGACUUUUCUUUAGUCGUAUAACUUUUCGAUCGAGAUUUUUUCUGAAAAGAAGAAUCUUUUCUCUGUAAUGGAUAGAUAAAAUCAAAUCUGUCUUGUUUAUCUAAAGCGUGAUACAUUGACAAACAUGUUCGAUUGUUCUCUGUUGUUUUCUAGGAGGAUGUAAUCAUAUGACAUGUCGUAAAACUGGUUGUAAUCACGAAUUUUGCUGGCUAUGUUUUGGUGAUUGGAAAGAGCAUAAUGCUCAUAACUGUAAUCGAUUUAUUGCAGAUGACAUAUUAGAAAAACAAGAAAAUUCCAAAAUAGAAUUAAACCGUUAUUUACAUUAUUUUGAACGUUAUCAUAAUCAUCUUCGAUCAUUAGCAUUAGAACAUAAAUUAUUAGAAAAAAUACAAGAACGUAUUGAAGCAAUGCAAAAAUUAAAAAAAUCAUAUACUGAUCAACAAACAUUUCUAUUGGCUGGUAAUUGUUUAAAAGAAUGUCGUCAUACACUAAUGUUUACCUAUCCAUUUGCUUUUUAUUUACAUCCAACUAAUCAAUCGAAGACAUUUGAAGAUAAUCAAUCAAAUUUAGAAACGGCUAUAGAAGAUUUAACAGGUCUAUUAGAAAAAGAUUUAUCUGAUGUUAAUUUGAUACAAAAAGUACAAGAUAAAUAUCGUUAUUGUGCAAGUCGACGAAAAGCUUUACUUGAUCAUACAAAAGAAGGUUAUAAACAAGAUUAUUGGACGGGUAUAGAUACAUUUAUGACUAGUUAUACAUUACAGCAAAAACAUAUUACCCCAACAAAACCAGAACGCGGUGUAUUUCCUCUCGAUCAUGAAGGUGAAUGUAAAGAGACGAUGUUAAAUUAUAUUCUAUGUUUAGCUCAAAAUGAUAAUAAAUAUUCAAAAUGUCAAGAAGAAUCGAAGAUUUAUUUUCAAUGCAGAAUGGACAGAAAUCUGAUGAAAAAACAUGAAUGGGAAGAUCUCGGCUUUUUUCAGAACGAGAGUUCAAACAAAAAGUCCUGA